CGCACCGACUCUCCUUCCUUUUCGACAUCCCGAUCGAGAGAGACGAGAUGGGCCAUCAGCAGCUCUACUGGAGUCAUCCGAGAAAAUACGGCCAGGGAUCCCGAUCCUGCCGAGUGUGUUCCAACCGGCACGGUCUGAUCCGCAAGUACGGACUCAACAUGUGCCGCCAGUGCUUCCGGCAGUACGCCAAAGACAUCGGCUUCGUCAAGCUUGACUAAACCUGUGGACGGCUGAACUUCCGUGAUGCGGAGUCGACAUCAACCUGACGUCAUGAAGUUACCUUGGAAAGUUUAAUAAACAUGAUUUUUUUUUGUUCAAAAGUUGCAAUGCGUGUUUAUUUAAAGGGAAUGGGAAGCGUUUUGAAUCGAGUAAAGGGCAUUAUUAAUAGUUAUGCUUAGUUUCUGUCAACAUAAACUAGCUGUUUCUCCUGGAGAUUAUUAAAGUUAAUGAUGUGUGUCUAUAAUUGGAAUAAAGAUGAAGCGUUUGCUUGCA